GGCACAGUCUGCCCGGAGCCGCGCGCUGCGAGUCCCGCCGCAGCUGGCGACUUCACAGCCUCUGUCCCAUGGCCGGAUCUCCCCGCCGCGCCGCGAGCCGGCGGCUGCAGCUGCCCCUGCUGUGCCUCCUCCUCCAGGCUGUCACCAUCAUCCUCUUUGCCAUCUUUGUCCGCUACAACCACGAAACCGACGCUGCCCGCUGGCACUGGGGCAACCACAGUUACGCCAACAAUGAAUUUUACUUUCGUUACCCAAGCUUCCAGGACGUGCACGCCAUGGUGUUCGUGGGCUUCGGCUUCCUCAUGGUCUUCCUGCAGCGCUACGGCUUCAGCAGCGUGGGCUUCACCUUCCUCCUGGCCGCCCUGGCCCUGCAGUGGUCCACCCUGGUGCAGGGCUUCCUGCACUCCUUCCACGGCGGCCACAUCCAUGUCGGCGUGGAGAGCAUGAUCAACGCCGACUUCUGCGCGGCCUCCGUGCUCAUCUCCUUCGGGGCCGUUCUGGGCAAGACGGGGCCUGCGCAGCUGCUGCUCAUGACCCUGCUGGAGGUGGCGCUGUUCGGGAUCAACGAGUUCGUGCUCCUCAACCUCCUGGGGGUGAGGGAUGCGGGCGGCUCCAUGACUAUCCAUACCUUUGGAGCCUACUUCGGGCUGUUCCUGUCCAGGGUCCUCUACAGGCGCCAGCUGGAGAAGAGCAAGCACCGCCAAGGCUCCAUCUACCAUUCGGACCUCUUUGCCAUGAUUGGAACCAUCUUCCUGUGGAUCUUCUGGCCUAGCUUCAACUCUGCACCCACUGCGCUGGGGGACACGCAGCAUCGGACAGCCCUCAACACGUACUACUCCCUAACGGCCAGCACCCUCAGCACUUUUGCUUUGUCUGCCCUCAUCAGUGGGGACGGGCGGCUGGACAUGGUCCACGUUCAGAAUGCAGCACUGGCCGGAGGGGUUGUGGUGGGGACGUCUGGCGAAAUGAUGCUGACCCCCUUUGGGGCUCUAGCCGCUGGUUUCUUGGCAGGGACUGUCUCCACGCUGGGGUACAAGUUCUUAACGCCCGUCCUUGAAUCCAAACUCAAAAUCCAAGACACAUGUGGUGUCCACAACCUCCAUGGAAUGCCGGGGGUCCUGGGGGCCCUUCUGGGGGUCCUGGUGGCUGGACUAGCCACCCACGAUGCUUAUGGAGAUGGCCUGGAGAGCGUGUUCCCACUCAUAGCCGAGGGCCAGCGCACAGCCAAAUCUCAGGCCAUAUAUCAGCUCUUUGGCCUGUUGGUCACACUGGUGUUGGCCAUUGUGGGCGGGAGCCUUGGAGGGCUCCUGCUGAGGCUGCCCUGCCUGGAUGCCCCCCCAGACUCUCAGUGCUUUGAGGACCAGAUCUACUGGGAGGUGCCUGGGGAGUAUGAGAAUGAAGCCCAGGGACCCCUGACUGUGGAGGAACCAGACACUCGGGCCUAACCAGCUGCCAGCCCUUGAGAGGAUAUUCUCUUUUUAGAAGAUGAUGGCGGGGACUGGGGCUGUAGCUAGUGGUAAAGCACUUGCUCAGCAUGUGCCACACCCUGGGAUCGGUCCCCAGCAUCCCCUGUCUCCACACACACACACACACACACACACACACCCCAGAAGAUGUCCUUUAGAAGGUCUGGAGGGGGUGGAGGGACAGGAGGGAACUGGGUGGGGGAAGCCUGGCCAGCUGCCCCACCCCACUGCCCGACCAGCCUGCACAUGGGGUAGAAGACGCCAAAGUGAGUCCUUUGGGCCAGUGUCACACAGUUCCAGUGAUACCUAGGCCAGGCUCAGUGCCCUGGGGUAAUAAACACCACCCUCACCCAGGA